CUUUCACUUUAGCUACUGCUGCGUGUUCUACAGCUUUACACAACCUUGAAGAAUUACAGUAUUUUCGCGCACAUAUCGCGCACUCAAAGUCAAUAAAGGUUUCUUUUUUCAGUCAGUUGACCCGAACGACGGAAGGGGUUCCUCUAAAGUCUCUACUGGCGGUGGUAAUUCCCCGAAUGUUUUUUGUGCGUCAUAGCCUAUAUAUUUCCUGUGUGGGUUUGUACCCUACUAGAUAAAUUCCUCUUUUAGUUUUGUUCCGUUUCCUUUUGAUCUCGACGUCGUAAAGCUCAGUCUUCUCCAUACCUCCAUGGCUUCUUCUGACCAGUCCCAGCUCCAAGCUAUUAACCAAACAGCAGAGUCUCUGAGCAGCUGUGAGCGGAGGAGACUCUUCUACCUGUGUGAGAUGUUGGACACAGACAACAGUGUGUCGUGCAUGAAGGAGAUGCUGAAAUCUAAAGUGAUGUGCGGUGAAAGCGGUUACUGGUUUCUAGCAGAGCUCAUGCUGCGACUGAGACGUUUUGAUAUCCUGAAGAAGGUGUAUAAAACCAGCAGGCAGGAGGUGGAGGAGGCUCUGAAACAUGGGCAGGUCCUGUCAAGAUUCAGGGUGUUGAUGGCUAAUAUAAAUGAAGAUAUGGAGGAUAAAGAUGUGAGCAACUUGAAGUUCUUGUGUAGCACCUGGUUGCCUCGUGAUACGAGUGAAAAAGCGAAGAGUUUCCUUGAUGUGAUUAUUGAACUCGAGAAGCUGGACCUGGUUUCACCUGAAAGUGUCGACUUUUUAGAGGAACGUUUAAGGGACAUUAGCCGGGUCGACCUGGCCAAAAAAGUCUCUGCAUACAAGAUGUCAGUUGUGACACCAGGAGUUAAUUCUUCUCAACAGCAAAGGCACAUAGUUCCUCGUGCAUCCAGUUUUCCCUGCAGCUCCAAUUCUGUACAACCAAUAAGACAAACACAGUCCCUUCACAUCGCCAGAGAAAACAUGGUGCCUGUGUACAGAGUGCCCAGCCGUCAGAGUCAACUAGACUGUUACAAGUUCAACACUAACCCCAGAGGAGUCUGUGUGAUCAUAGACUGCGUGGGUAAUGAUGGAGACAUGUUGGAGGAGACGUUCAAGGCUCUUCACUUCAAGGUGUUCCUCCACAAGUGGCUGAGUGUGAUUGACACCUUUGCAGCUCUCAGACAGUUAUCCAAACAGAGAGAGAACCUACAAGGUGACGGCUUCGUCUGUUGCAUCAUCAGCCGUGGCGCGACAGACCAUCUCCUGGGCACGGACUCGUACGGCGCCGGGCUCCGUCUGGACGACGUCAGACGUCUUUUCACUGCCGAUGCGUGUCCCAUGCUGGCCGGAAAGCCCAAACUCUUCUUCAUCCAGAGGUACGGCGUCCCAGAGUACCCGCCCCACGAGAGGAUGGAGCACCGGGACGAGGAUCUGGAGACAGAUGGCUGCGACGGGCUGUCCAGAUGUGCGCUCAUCCCCACAGAUGCAGAUGUGUUCUGGAGUCACUGCUGGACGGAUGAUGGUCAGCUGGAGCGAGGACAGCACCGCUCCGUCUACCUGAAGGCUCUGACAGACGCUCUACACAAAGGUCAAAGCAGGAAAAUGCAUCUUGUUGACGUGCAUACCGAAGUGAACGGAGCCAUCUUUGACCAUAACACGAGGAAUCCUGGAGCAGACUACCACAUCGAUCUCAAACAUACUUUAAGGAAAGAGCUUUACUUGUCAUAGAGGGUUUAUCACCAUCACUUUCACUAAACUCCACAAAUACUGACAUACCGCAUGAUACCACAUAUUUAUAUAGCACUUACUUUGCCUUAGAAGAACAUUUUUCACUGUGUAUAUAGUGACACCUGCUGGUUAUAGAAGGGUAAAACACUCAUUUUUGCAGAUGAAGAAAACCUUGUUGAACAGAUUGUUUUGAUGUGUAUUUAUGUUGGAAAAUAUUUUUGGAAAAAAUAAUAAUAAUUAAGAUAAAUUUUAUUUAUGGGCACCUUUCACGUCACUCAAAGUCACCUUACAAACAGAGCAAAAAAUAAUUAAUAAAAACAAGAACACAAUCAGCGACAUAAAAACAAACAACU